UCGUAUAGGCCAACGCGCGAGGGGCAACUAUAAUGGGGAAUAACCGGGAUCCCGGUGCUUUGGAGUGGACACAACGGCUGGACGAAGACCGUCAGGGGGGUUAACGUUAAGAACAAACGCCGUUGGAGUGUUUUGAAACUAUUUGAAUGGCUUGAUGGAUUGUAUUGAGGGAAGCGAUCAAAUGAAUGGCAUUGGAUCUAAGACUUUAGAGCUCAUAUAAGCUACUGGAUACGAUUUAAACCAUUAUUGAUCUAUUUCAAUGGCGUUAUUAUCGACCCACAGCCAAACAGGUCACCGGGACCCAGUACUAAAGCGGGUACACCGGGUUUAAACAGCUUAAAUCUGUCGUUUGUUUCCGGCGAUGUCCACAUCCUGCCUCGAUCUGCGCAGCGCGAUUUCAGCACCACCGCACCUGGACAGCGACCGCAUGGAACGCACCCUCGAUCCCUCUCCAGACGCCGAACAUCAGAGCCGCACGCAGCUACACACCGCUCCCCGGGGGCUCGGCAUGGCUCUGGAGGAAGAGCUGGCCAUGCUCACCGGGGAGCGGGACGGGGAUGUGGAGCUAUCCGCCUCAGAGACACCUGUGAGCGGACAGGACAAGGAUCUACUGGCCCUCUUCCGACAGAAAGAGAAGGACCUGGUGCUCGCUGCUAAACUGGGCAAAGCUCUACUUGAACGAAACCAGGACCUCACAAAGCAAUAUGAGAAAAUGACCAAGGAUUUAAACGACAAACUAGAGCUCUUGGAGCAGGAAAAACACGAGUUGCGACGUCGUUUGGAGAGUCGCGAGGGGGAGUGGGAAGGUCGGGUGGCCGAACUGGAGACAGAUGUGAAACACCUGCAGGGAGAGCUGGAGAAGCAGCAGGUGCAGCUGCGCGACGCCGAUCGCGACAGGAGUCGCACAAUCAGUGAACUGUCAGAACAGAACCAUCUACUACUGGAGCAACUCAGCAGGGCUGCCAAAGUGGAGAAGCAGUUAUUUACUCAGGUCCAUUCAUUACAAGAUGAUUUCAGAGAUAAGAGCAUCUCCACCAACCAACACAUGACACGGCUUGAGAUCCUACAGGCCGAGAUAAAGACGUUGACAGAGCAUAAGCAGGAAUUGGAGCGACGCGUGAACGCUGUACUGGAGGAAAACGAGCAACUUCAGAGCACGGUGGACGACAUGAGAGAGAGAACGCUGGUGCUGGAAAAACAGUGUCACGAGAAAAACUUACAGCUGCGACAAAGUCAGUUGGAGCUGCAGGAAGUGCGCUUGUCUCACCGGCAGUUGAGCGCACGUCUAGAGGAACUGACGGAGGAACGGAGUCUUCACGGCUUCAGUCCGGAUCCUCACAGCCUCCUCUGUGAGAUAGAACAGAGUAUGGAGCAGGAGGAGAUGGAGCAGGAGAGAGAACAGUUACGACUGCAGUUAUGGGAGGCGUACUGUCUGGUGCGUUCCAUCUGCUCACAGCUCAGAGGAAAUGACAUCACAGACUCUGCCCUGUCCACAGACUCAUCCAUGGACGAGUCUUCGGAGACGUUGUCAGCUAAAGACAUUCCCAUGGGUAGUUUACACGGCAGUCUACUGGAGCUGCGCAGACUAAUGCAAAACUUGCUGGACGGCAACGAAUCUACGGGUUCUCGUCGCAGUGAUGAAGAGGUUCUUGAGGAGCAUGUCCGUAAACUCGGCGAGGAGCUCCGAGAACUCCGAGAACUGUUCGAACAAGAACAGAAAAAAACACGUACCAGCCAGGAAGAGGCACUACAGCUCCAUAAUCAGGUGGCGCUGCUCUCAGUGGAAGUUUCUUCUUCAAGAGGAGAGAACGAACGAUUGAGAGCGAAGAUAGAAGUGCGAGAACCCAACGAACAGUUACAGAGUGCCAUACGAGACCGAGACGAAGCCAUCGCCAAGAAGAAAGCAGUAGAGAUGGAGCUGGCGAAGUGUAAGAUUGACAUCAUGUCUUUGAACAGUCAGCUGUUAGACGCGAUACAGCAGAAACUAAACCUGUCUCAGCAGUUAGAAGCCUGGCAGGAUGACAUGCACAGAGUUAUCGAUCAGCAGCUGAUGGAUAAACAUCAAGAGGAGUCGAGAGAUUCUCCGUACUCCUUCAGCGGGUCGUGAGGAGGAGGCCCUUCCAGACGAACUCAUCACCUCUCAGAAGGAGACAAACACCUGUUUUCAUUCUUCAAGAAGAACUGAGAGUCUGAAGAGAUUUGACGAGGAGAAGAAAGAAAGAAAGAAAGCUAAAUGAGAGAGUGGUUCUCAUCUCCAGAUAUUACAUGGGACAGUAAGUGGUGACACAACGCAAUAACUAAAUUGUUUAGUGUUCAAAAGUAACCGUAAAUUCAGAAUGUAUAAAUUGGUUUAUCAUUGGUUACUAAUUACCUCGAAGACCUGGGUUACAAGGUACUUCCACUGGAAGUGAAUGUGGCCAAUCCUUAAACGUUAAAAACAGGGCUGUCGAUUUAACGCCUUAAUUCAGUGCGAUUAAUUACAUAAACAAAUAAUGCAUUUAAUCAAGUGUCUGGACAGUAAUAAAGAACAUUCCGUUUGAAGUACUUGAAGACCGUUGUGAACCGAAGGCCAAUCAUUGGCUGAUGUUCAAUAAUAUAGAAAUAAACAAUAUUUUGGAUUCUAAAGCCAUUUUUUUAAAGCCAUGUUUUACUCGUCUGCCACUAUAGUGUAAUGCUUUUCCAUUAAUUUCGAUUUAUAUUUAGAAGGAAACUGAUGGAGUGCAUAUUCCGGGUAGGGAAGGAGGUAUUGCCCCAAGUGAAGGAGUUCAAGUACCUCGGGGUCUUGUUCACGAGUGAGGGGACAAUGGAGCGGGAGGUUGGCCGGAGAAUCGGGGCAGCGGGGGCGGUAUUGCACUCGCUCUAUCGCACCGUUGUCACGAAAAGAGAGCUGAGCCGGAAGGCAAAGCUCUCGAUCUACUGGUCAAUUUUUGUUCCUACCCUCACCUAUGGUCAUGAAGGAUGGGUCAUGACCGAAAGAACUAGGUCGCGAGUACAAGCGGCCGAAAUGGGCUUCCUCAGAAGGGUGGCGGGCCUACCCUUAGAGAUAGGGUGAGGAGCUCAGUCAUCCGUGAGGAGCUCGGAGUAGAGCCGCUGCUCCUUUGCGUCGAAAGGAGUCAGUUGAGGUGGUUUGGGCAUCUGGUAAGGAUGCCCCCUGGGCCUCCCUAGGGAGGUGUUUCAGGCAUGUCCAGAUCGGAGGAGGCCUCGGGGAAGACCCAGGACUAGGUGGAGAGAUUACAUCUCCACACUGACCUGGGAACGCCUCGGGGUCCCCCAGUCAGAGCUGGUUAAUGUGGCUCGGGAUAGGGAAGUUUGGGGCCCCCUGCUGGAGCUGCUGCCCCGCGACCCGACUUCGGAUAAGCGGUUGAAGAUGGAUAUUUUCUUUAUAAUUAUAAAAAUCGAACUAUUCAGAAAUAUUGAAUCAUUAUAUGUUGAACGUAUGUUGUUAUUUGAGGGGCUUAUAUUUAUAGACACGAUUAAUUGCAAUUAAUUAAUCGAUGCCAUACCAUGUAAAUUAUUUGAUAAAAAAUUUGAAUUGAUCGACAGCCCUAGUUAAAAUACAAACCGUUUCAAAAGUAUGGCCCCAAGAUGUAAACAAUAUGCAUGUAAACUUUGGUAAAAUUAGGGAUUAACAGGCAUUUCAGGGUUUUCCAGAUUAUGUCGUCAUGACAACGAAGUUGGAAAUUGGUAAUAUUGGAAAUAUCUGUACACCGAUAAGGUUUUAUCUCGCUUAAAUUAUGUUAACAUCUUGUGGCAAUGCUUUUGAAACUUCAUUAUAACGUUUAUUGACUGCCGCCUCCCCCCCCCCCAUUAACUUCCAUUGUAAGUACCUUGAUUUUUGCCUUUAUUUUAAGUUCAUUUUAAUUUUGUGGUAAUCAGCAUUAUGCCACAAAUGCUGUUGAUUAAGAAUGAAGGAAUUAACUUCUAUUGAACCUGGAACAUUCCUUUAAAAGCUGCUCAACCUAUAUUAUACCUUAUCUGUGAACGAUGCAAUAGUUUGCUAUAUUUUAUCAUUCAAGUAUAAUUGUUUCCCUGCUGUCCAUGACCCUAUAAGAACAGACCCGACCCGCCAGCUGAGAGCAACUGAUCUAACAGACCGAGUCCUCCGCCAGCUUUGAGCCAUUUUGCACUUUAUCUGUACCCACAGUCCUCAGCUCACUGCCAGAGAUUCAACAAAGAGACUACGUCGCUCACUCGGACAUCUCAAGGCAUUCGCUGGAGAUUAAACUCAGGAUGAACAUUGAAGGCUUUUAGGAUGGAGGUUUAGAGUAUCAACAGGUUGUAGGUUAUAGUUAAUCUUUAACAAGUCUGAAAGCAGCUAAAAUCAUUCCGCUCUUUGGUUCAUUCCCAAAAUCAGUGCUGUACACGGAGGAUCUUUUUGAAAUAGUGAAUUUGAUGUCAUCAGUAACCGUCUACAUCCUGAAGGACUACAAAGUAAAUGUAAAUCACUUUGGAAGUGUUUGUCGGCAUCAUUAAAGGUGCCGUUUGUCAUUUCUGCGGCAGUCGUAUCACCGAACGAAAUUGCAAAAGUAACACUAUCUCCGUCUGCCAUUGGUGGGCUAAACAGGUAGUUCCGCCCCAAACUCACACCAUUGGUUAAGCUGGUUGUGAUAACAUCACCAUAAAUCUGCUGCUAUUAGUGCACAUUUAUCUCUCUUUACCAGUUGCACCUGCUUGUUUUUUUAGGACAGUAUUAUGACCCUUCUUACCGAUUUGAUGAUAAUAAACGGGCCUCGUGUGACCUGAAUUUGUGACGUGAAUGAACCAAAGAACAGUAGAGUUUCAUUUUAAUUCUGUGGCUGUAGAAACAACACUGCAUCGGGCUUUAGUGUCUAAACAAAUGAAACCGCUGCGCCGUUUGGAAUGGAAUGCUGGCGUACUGCUCACUAUGCAGUGCAUAUCAUGCAGGCACACUAUGCAGUGCAUACCAUGCAGGCACACUAUGCAGUGCAUACU